CUGAUUGGAAAGCAAUCCAAUAGACAACCUUCCCUUGCCCUAAUGCCUCCUCCUCCCUUGCCCGCACAAUUUAUCAUCCCCAGAUAACUAGGUCGACACACAUGGAGCAGCUGCCUCUUCUUGCCAGUGACUCAAAGGCCACCACGACUCCCUUCUACCUCGCCUUAGAUCACAGAGCCCCAACAUCAUCUUCGCCGCCGGCAGACGCGCCAACACCGCCGCCGUCUGCCACCUCAGAUCCUUGUAGACAGUCCAAAAACGAGAGGGGAUCGGAAAUAAUCAAAGCGAAGAUCAUGUCGCACCCUCUCUAUCCGGCUCUCCUGAGAGCCUUCAUAGAUUGCCGGAAGGUCGGAGCGCCACAGGAGGUUGUUGGCCGGCUUUCCACCCUCGCCGGCGAGGUGGAGAUGAAUUCAAACGAUAGGCAAGAACAGCCGGCCGACCCAGAGCUCGAUCAGUUCAUGGAGAUCUACUGUCAUAUGUUGGAAAGGUACAGACAGGAGCUCACACGACCAAUCCAAGAAGCCGACGAAUUCUUCAGAAGCAUGGAGGCCCAGAUCGACUCGGUUGCGCUAGAUGACAACAACUAUGAAGGAGGUGGUUCCUCCGAUGAAGAUGAGCAAGAAACCGGCGACGUGGCGGGGCUGCCAGUGCCGGGGACCGGCAGCCCGUGCGCAGAUGACAUGGAGCUGAAGAACCGCCUCCUGAACAAGUACAGCGGCUACCUGAGCAGCCUUUGGAGGGAGCUCUCCAGGAAGAAGAAGAAAGGUAAGCUGCCGAGGGACGCCCGCCAAAAGCUUCUGCACUGGUGGCAGCUGCACUACAGAUGGCCCUACCCAUCGGAGCUGGAGAAGGCGGCGCUGGCGGAGUCGACGGGGCUCGACGCGAAGCAGAUCAACAAUUGGUUCAUCAACCAACGGAAGCGGCACUGGAAGCCGGGGCCGCUGGCGCCAGCGCUGGCCACGGACUACAUAUUGCACCCGCACGGUGGCUCUUCGAGCAGCUCGGUUUCUGCUGGUCUCCGCGUGGAGGGGCAGUUCUUCACCGGAGGAAGCGCGUACCCUCGUGGCCCGUGAUGGGAUGCACGUCUGCAUGGUGCCCGCCGGCCGGCGGCCGAACAUGCAUGCGUCGAUGGUUGCCGUACAUGCUAACAUGCAUAUAUACGUGUUUUGGGUAUACAUGGCGUGGGUUUGGACGUGUGGUGUGCGUACAAAUAUAGCAGUUUGAUGAUCUCCUUACUCGCUAUACAUAGCUAAUGCUAAAGUUAUAAAGUUGUAAAACCUUAAUUUUUGGCCUGCAUCCACUUUGGAAAAUGGUACUAUAUGAGUACACAUUUAUAAG